CCCGUGGUGGCCCCCAGCCUGCAGGGUGCAAACGCCGCCCAGGAAGAACCCAUCAGCGUAGUUCCUAACCGGCACCUGGAGCGCCAGCGCUGUCCCCUCAUCGUGGGCAUCCGUGGUGGCACCCAGGCCCUCUCCUGUGGCACUGGUCCUGAGCCCCAGCUGAAGCUGGAGGAGGUGGGACUGCUGGACCUGUUCUCGCGGGGGGCCGAGGCCACCCCCUACACCUUCUACAAGACCUAUGGUGGCUCCACACACCCCUUCGAGGCGGCCCCCUUCCCCGGCUACUUCCUCAGCACACAUGUGUCCGUGGCUGGGAGGAUCUCGCCCAAGUUCAUGCCCAUGGAUGGGAACAUCUUGCAUGAGCGCCAAGGCCACAGAUCCACACGUGAAAGCAUCUUCUGUGUGUCCACGGGUGGGAGCAUCUCACAAGAGCACCAGGGUCAUGUGCCUACAGAGGGGAGCAUCUCAGCCGCGUUCAUGCCCGUGGAGAAGAACAUCUCGCCCAUGGAGAAGAACAUCUCACCCACGUCCACGCUCAUGGAGAAGAACGUCUCGCCCGAGUCCAUGCCCGCAGAUGAGAGCACCUUCCAUGACCAUCAAGCCCAUGGAUCCACGUACAAGAGCAUCUUCCACAUGUCUACAGAUGGGACCAUCUCCCCGAGGUCCGUGCCCACGGAUGGAAGCGUCUUCCACGAGCAGCAAGGCUGGCGAUUCGCUUGUGAGACCAUCUCGCGCGUGUCCAUGGGUGGCAGCAUCUCAAACGAGCACCGUGGCUAUGUGCCUACAGACGGAAAGAUCUCACCCAGGUCAGUGUCCAUGGAUGGGAACAUCUCCCCCAUGUCCGUUCCUGUGGAUGAGAUCAUCUUGCAGGAGCACAUGCCGAUAGAUGGGACCGUAUUGCCCAAGACCACGCCCAUGGAUGGGACCAGCUCUCUCAAGUUCAUGCCCAUGGAUGGGACCACCUCUCCCAAAGCCAUGCCCACAGAUGGGACCACCUCGCUCAAGUUCACGCCCACGGAUGGGACCACCUCGCCCAAGUUCAUGCCCAUGGAUGGGACCAGCUCUCUCAAGUUCAUGCCCAUGGACAAGACCACCUCUCCCAAGGCCAUGCCCACAGAUGGGACCACCUCGCCCAAGUUCAUGCCCAUGGAUGGGACCAGCUCUCUCAAGUUCAUGCCCAUGGACAAGACCACCUCUCCCAAGGCCAUGCCCACAGAUGGGACCACCUCGCCCAAGUUCAUGCCCAUGGAUGGGACCAGCUCUCUCAAGUUCAUGCCCAUGGACGAGACCACCUCUCCCAAAGCCAUGCCCACAGAUGGGACCACCUCGCUCAAGUUCACGCCCACGGAUGGGACCACCUCGCCCGAGUUCAUGCCCAUGGACAGGACCACCUCUCCCGAGUUCAUGCCCAUGGAUGGGACCAGCUCUCUCAAGUUCAUGCCCAUGGACGAGACCACCUCUCCCAAGGCCAUGCCCGUGGAUGGGACCGCCUUGCCCAAGGCCAUGCCCACAGAUGGGACCAUCUCGCCCAAGUUCAUGCCCAUGGAUGGGACCAGCUCUCUCAAGUUCAUGCCCAUGGACGAGACCACCUCUCCCAAGGCCAUGCCCACAGAUGGGACCAUCUCGCCCAAGUUCAUGCCCAUGGAUGGGACCAGCUCUCUCAAGUUCAUGCCUAUGGAGGAGACCACCUCACCCAAGUUCAUGCCCAUGGACAGGACCACCUCACCCAAGUUCACGCCCACGGAUGGGACCACCUCGCCCAAGUUCAUGCCCACAGAUGGAACCAUCUCACCCAAGGCCAUGCCCACGGACGGCACCACCUCGCCCACGCAGUGGCACCCCGAAUUGAGCGAAGAGGAAGAGGAGGGUGACGAUGAAGAUGACCAUGGCUGCUCCUCCCGGGAGGAAGACGCUGAGGAAGAGGAGGACCUGGAGGAGGAAGAACCCUACUUCCACACCAACCCCCUCUUCCAGAGCCGG